AUGGGCUGCUCUGCCGGCGCACCUAUUCAGGACAAGGUGAAGCUUGAAGAGCUCCAGAACAUGCAAGCCCGGUUCCCGCUCCGCCGACCAGCGCUGCCUGGAGACAUCUUGCUCAGUGGCAACUUGCCCUCCGACGUGGUGGGACAGCUCGCGAGCCACUGCAGGGGAUGGCUGUAUUUGAAUGAGACCUCGGAUGAGCAUUACUUCCCUGCACCCAUCCAGGCAGCAGGCUGUGAGCUGGAGGUCGUCCCCUUCAAGCCAAGCAAAGACCUGCCAGCCAGCGUCGUUGAGCAGGUAGCUAGCUGCAUUGCCCGAAUGCCUCGUCCUUUGAUGAUCCAGUGCACCAGCGCAAACCGAGCUGCCAUCGCCAUGCUCGCGUGGAUGGCGAAGAUGCAUGGCUAUACGCCAGGCUGCAUAGACCUGUUGGUAGCAGAUCUCCAGAUCGACACCGUGAGACCCGAGGCCAAAGCUUGGCUCCAGUCGAGGUUGCCCUCGCUGGGAGAAAGGGAUGGUCCACUGAUUCAGCACAGCCCUGAGGUGAGGCAGUUCUUUGACCCCGUGUCCAGCACCUUGACGUACCUAAUUGCCUGUCCAGCCACCAAGCAAGCUGUGCUGAUCGAUCCAGUUUUGGAGCACAAGGAUCGUGAUCUGAAAGCUAUCAGGGAGCUGGGCUUGAAUUUGAAGUACGUGCUGAACACGCACUGCCACGCAGACCAUGUGACUUCCGGUGGUGUGAUCCGAAAGGAUUCCCCACAGGUGCAGACCAUCAUCUCCAAGAACUCUGGGGCACAAGCCGACAUCCACGUGCAGCACGGGGAGAAGGUGGCUUUUGGCGACCUUUCCCUGGAGGUUCGCGCCACUCCGGGCCACACCGAUGGCUGCGUGACAUAUGUUUUGAAGACCCAGACGGCCACGUUUGCCUUCACCGGUGACACCCUUCUGAUUCGUGGCUGCGGCAGGACAGACUUCCAGCAAGGCAACUCCUUAACUCUCCAUGACAGCGUUCACGCGCAGGUUUUCACUCUUCCAGAUGAUGCCCUCGUCUGUCCAGGCCAUGAUUACAAGGACAGAGGCGUGUCGACGGUGCUACAGGAGAAGAUGUUCAACCCUCGCCUGACGAAGUCGCCAGAGGAUUUUGCGAAGUUCAUGGAGGACCUAAACCUUCCGAACCCGAAGCAGAUUGACAUCGCGGUGCCAGCUAACAUGGCCUGUGGCGUGCAGUUCGACCCAUCUGAGAACCUCCCGAUCUAG